UGUCGGGGGAGCAAGGACUGUAGGCUCAUCUAUGGGGGGGUCUCACAGCAAACAUGAAGAUGUGGGAGGAGGUAAAAUGUUCUUGUUCCUCUUUACAGAAUGAUGUCCAAGAAGGGUUCAGGUUAGUGCCAGGUAACAGUUGGCAUGAGCAGAAUGAGGUCAAACCAGCCUAGUGGCUUUGGCUUGUAAAUGAAGUGGGGUGGGGGAGGAGAGUUGCUACUCCUUUUGUUUUGAGAGCAUGCCAUUGUGGGUGAGAGAUUGAGGCAGCCUGGACACUACACAGGCAGCAGGAUGUGGUGGUAGGAACCUGAGGUGGUAGAAUGAAUGGUACCACUUCAGGCUGCAAGUAGGAGAUAACAUUUUUGAAAGCCCCUCUGCAAGUAAGAACACAACCACAUCAAGGAGAAAGGUUCUAUCCCAAUCUCCUUCCUGAUCUGCCAAUUUUUUAUAUGCAGGGACAGAUUUUUUUUAAUGUCAGGGACCAUUCAGAAAUGUGAUUCCCCCACCUGCAGCAAAAAGUAGCACAUUCCCUUCUAUUACCCCAUUACCACUUCAUUCUGCUGCACAUGUACAUCCAUCUUCAGGCUUCAGUCCUGGAAGCAAGUACUGCAGAAACUGGUGGAAUUUCUUCUCAGAAAAUAUGCCGAGAAUCAGGCACUUAGUUCAAAAGAACAGUCAGUCAGAUAAUGCCUGCCUCUUCCCUAACCUCCUUUCUCUGUCCCUAAUCCCAUCCACUAACUAGGUAGGAUAAAAAGUCCAACAUCCCACAAGUUCUCAUUUUUAUUUUUUUAUUUCUAACACACCCUACAUUUACAGCACAAGCUUUCCUCCAAAGAAUCCUGGGAACUGUAGUUUGUAAAGGUUGCUAUGAGUUAUUGCUCUGUGAGGGAAACACUACAGUUCCCAGGAUUUGUUGGGGGAGGCUGCUUUAAAUGUAUGGUGUGGACGUGACCUAAGCAUUUACAUUCUGUUCUUCAUUGGAUAUUUCAGUAUCAGAGUGUGAGACAAUUAAAUAACUAAUAAUUCAAAACUACAGAAAAAAGAUAUCAAUAUACAUAAAUUACAGAAUCCAUAAAAACAAGGCCAAUAAAUAGGAAACAAAUUAACAGCACUAUCAUAAAACAAACAAAGCUAAAGUUCAAUGAGGACAAUUAGAAUGUCAUGUUCGUAGAACCAGAUCAGCCGGUCUUGCUUGAUAUGUUUGUUUUCUGAGUGGGAAACUAAUUAGCAUGGCUUCUGUGAAAUUCUAGUAAUUCCUAUAUUUGCAUAUAUAUGCAUGAAUCAGGACAUGCAGAUUUGUGUCCUAGUGCCUAUGCCCCUGUUCUUUUUAAGUACUGUAUCUAUGUAGCAUGCCUCUGUAACUGUUUAGCACCACAGUUAUUUGGGGGAGGUUUUAGCCUGGAAGCACCCAUGUUAUUGAUCCUUAACCUCUUCUGGAUCUCUCUCUGUCUUCUUCAUCAAUUGGGUAAGCACUCUAUAAUAUCUGUAGCACAAAGAACCCUCUUGAAACACUGUAGGGGGUGGGGCAUAAGUGUACAACUUACUUUGAUUUCAGAGCAGAUCUGCUGGAAAUGAAUGACAAUUAGAUUUAAAAUAGAUCUGUGGGGGAAGAGAAGUCAAUCAAUGGCUAUUAGUCACAACAGCUAAAUGGAGUGUCCACAUUCAGAGAGAGUCUUCCUAGGGGGAAGCAACAAGGGAGGAAGGCUGUUCCCUUCAUGGCUUGCUUUUGGGUUCCUUAGUAUCUAAGCCAGUGCCUGGCAGUGCAGUUGUUAGAGCAGGGAACCUGUGACCCUUUAGAUGCUGCUGGACUACAACUCCCAUCAUCACUGAUGGCCCUCAGUCUGAUCUUGUAAGGUGUUCAUGUUCUGAUUGGCUGCUGGUCUUUGGCAAAGAGCUAGCAAAUGGCAAGAUAAAAGAUUGCUUGUUCUAUUUAGGUGGGUUUUUUAAAAAUUUCGUAGGAACGUGCUUUAUCCCAAGUCAGACCAUUGGUCCGCAUAUCUCAGCAUUGUCUAUAACUGUCAAAAACAAUCCAAGAUUUCAGGCAGGGGACAUUUCCCUAGCGAUGCCGGGAACCAAACCUGGGACCUUCUGCAUGCAAAGCAUAGGUUCUACCAUUGAGCUACACCUGUCUCCUUUUCCAUUCUUAAUAUUUGUAUUUUUCCUUAGCUCAUGUUCAUAAAAAUAUAGAUGGUAGCAAGGUCAAAGAACCCAAGCCCAGCUUCCAAGAACAGAGCCAGCAUACGUAUGGAAACAUUCAACCUUCAACAUCGGGUAAACCAACAAAGAAGCCUGUGCCACAUCCUAUGCAAGUAGAAGGUGAGGAAGGGAGAACAGUGGGUCAUAGUGACAGCAAUGGCAUAUCUCAUUCUCAUGUUCUCAGUAGUCCUUUGUAGAUACAGUGGUACCUCGGGUUAAGUACUUAAUUCAUUCCAGAGGUCCGUUCUUAAACUGUUCUUAACUUGAAGCACCACUUUAGUUAAUGGGGCCUCCUGCUGCUGCCGUGCCGCUGGAGCCCAAUUUCUAUUCUUAUCAUGAAGCAAAGUUCUUAACCUGAAGCACUAUUUCUGGGUUAGCGGAGUGUGUAACUUGAAGCAUAUGUAACCUGAAGCGUAUGUAACCCGAGGUACCACUGUAUACACGUACUUAGUGAAACCAUGCAUCUAGCAACAUAGGCUAUAAGGGUAUUUUUUCUAACCCACCUUAUCUCGAGGGUUUGGAGUCUGCAACAGUAUUUAAAAAGCCAAACAAAAAAAACCCAAAACCAUGAGAAAUGGUUACUGUUUCUUUAAAAGAUUUAUACCCUGCUUUUUACUGAAAGAUUUUCAAGGCGGUUUGCAGUAGAGUGCAGUAAUACCCAGCCCUCCCCCCCAUCAACCCAGCAGCACUUUGUCCGUUGGACAGAGUGCUACCUACUUAAUUCCAAGGGCAAAUGCAGUUGGAGCCUCCUGGGAAGGAGGGAGGGGUGAAGCACAAAGAUACUCUGCAGCUGCUCCUUCUCUGGCCCAAUCUUCAUCUUACUGGGGCAAUCUUCCUGGGAGGGCAGAGGUGUAGCCUGCCACUUCCCCUUUGUUCCCUGGCUGAUGGCAGAGACAAAAGCAUAUUUCCCUUCAGCUCUGCAGUCCUGGUGCAAUGAUUAUUCUCCAUCACUAGGGCAUCACCUCACUUCCAGUUAUAUGGAUUGUCAUUGUCACUCUUCAGCUGGAACUGAAGCAAACUAAAUUGCCUGAGGCCUUGGUAGCAGUGGUGCAGUGGUACAUUUUGAAGAACUAGAGCUCAUCAUGCAGCCCCCUGUAUCCAAGGAAGGGCCAAGAAGUUUUACUGUUUAAACUGCUAGCAUGAAGUCAGAACACCAUCAAAGAAAGUGUUUCCAGUCUCUUGAUUAUAUUCCUCAUUCUCUGACUUCCUCAUUGACCUACAUUGAAAGUGAUCCAGGUGAGUAAGCCAGGUGAGAGUGGGAUCACUCCAAGUUAACCUGCUCCUGCCUUGGAGGGAACAAACAUAGCAGCUCUUGAGUGUCCACAACUAGCCUUCUCACACUUAGGAUCCAAGAGGAGGUUUCAUGUCAGAAGCAGAGUCUUCUUGCAGAUUUCGGCCUUGGCAGCUCUUUUUGAAAAUGAAAUACUAAAUUCCAUUUUAGACUAUUACUGCAUCCCUUUGAUAUUAGGAAGGUCCAUUCCCCAGCCCAGUAUGCAGCACUUUUAUAUUUCCUUCUUUCCUUGCAGUAUCUACUGAUAAACUUGCCAAGAAGAAAAGGCUUAUUCCUAAGAUCAUUGUGACUGGGCCCUCGGAGGAAGUGCUGUUGAACAGUUAUACUGAUGAAAUCCCCGAAACAAAAACCAUCCGGGACACUGAAGACUUUGGCGCAUAUAGUGUGCACACGAAGCCCAGCACUGUAGACGCUUAUAGAACCAGCAGAGAUCAGUGAGUGCACAGUGGAGAGUCAACAGCACUCAGUGUGAUGGAUACCAUCUAGGGAAGCUAGCAGCCCAGUCCUGGAUCCCCCUCUCAAUAAAUGGGAAUCCCACCACAAUGAAUCCUUUCAUGGUUUCACUUUCCCCACCUCCCACAUUUGGAGGUGGAGGAAGAGGAGGAGGAGGAGGAGGAGGAAGGGCAAAGCUUAGCCAAAUAUAAAUGAGGUUGAUGAUGG